UAUUAUGACUUUUUGUUUGCUUUGGGGAAUACACUCAUCGGACUAGGCUCGGAGACUAGGAACGGAGGCGGUCCGAAGCGCAGGUGUGGGGCUGCGGGCCUUAAGGACUUCCUCACGGGACGUACCCCACCCAGGAGUGCAGAUAUGGGCCACAGUGAGGGGCACACAGGAGCUCUGGCUAGCACUGAGGUGCCUCAAGAGCUGCUGGAAGAAAUGCUUUGGCGUUUUCGGGUAGAAGAUGCAUCGCCUUGGAAUUAUUCCAUGUUUGUCCUGGCCACUGUGGUGGUCCUGCUGAGCGCCUUCCUCCUGAGGCGGAACAUCCAGGCACGCAGGAACCAAAAGAUGCAGCCAACAGAGAAAACCAAACAGACUGUAGAACCUGAAGCCAAAAUCAAAGAUGACAACAGCCUGAAUAUGGUAACAGAGACUCUGCUCUCAGAAAAACCCAGCCUGGCCCAGGAAGAAACUAAAUUCACAGAGUCAGCUGCACCAGUCGUUGUCCUUCCAGAGGCACAGGAGUCUGAGAGCUAAGCGUCAGAACAGAGUCUCCACGGUACCAGAUAAAAGUGAAUGAACAGGGGCUGGAGCAAUAGCACAGCGCGUAGGGCGUUUGCCUUGCACGCGGCCGACCCGGGUUCGAAUCCCAGCAUCCCAUAGG